CUUUUGCUUUUGCUUUCCCGUUAUCACUCACUCAACACACAUCUGACAUCACUCACUCACUCACUCACUCUCACUAGCUCGCUCUCUGUUUUCUUUUCCCGCGAUUUCCUUCGCGCGAGAGAUCAAGAUCGAAAUCGCCGGCAAGAGAAUGAGCAAAUCCGAUCGCCGUCCUCGCCGCGACGUAGGGUUCCGAUUCUUCCCCACCGACGAGGAGCUCGUCGUGAAUUACCUUCUCAGCAAGCUGAUCGGAGUCCCGCCCCCCUCCGGCGACUACGUCAACGACUGCGACCUCUACGGCGACCUCGAGCCAUGGGAGAUCUGGCACAAGUUCCGAGGCCGCGGCUGCGAAGAAGAAGAAGACGAAGAUGCCGCCGACAACGAUCUCUACUUCGUCACGCCGUUGAAGAAGAGAACCGCCACCGGGUUGAGGAUCGACCGCAGCGUCGGAUCCAACGGCGGGAGUUGGCACGGGGAGGAUUCCGGCAAGGAGGGGCAGACACCCGACGGGCUGGUUUCGUGGACCGUGAAGAGGUUUAGCUACAGGCCCAAGAAGAGCAAAGGCGGGCAGGAGAAGAAUGGGCCUGGGCCGACGACGUCGACUUCGUGGAUCAUGCACGAGUACUGCCUUCUGGACCGGCCCAUUCCCUUUCUUGGGCUGGACUCUGCUGCAGCGACAAGGCUCGCGGUCUGCCGGAUUAGGAAGAAGCCGGAUUCUAGUUCCAGGAAGAGGAAGAACAACAACAAGGGACCCAAAGUGAUUUUUAUCGAUCUCGAGGAUGAUGAUUACAACGACGUCGUAGAGGCGGAAUCGUCAACAAUCGACAACAAGCGUCAGAAGGCCGAUACGACGUCGUUUCAAGCGGAGACUGAAAGUUGCUCGUCGGAGGUAAAAGAAGGAUGCGGCGGCGGAAACCACGACGAAGGAGCAGUAGCCUCGUACGUAGCAGAGCUUGAACGGAGCUUGUCGGAAGUAGAAGAAGACUGCGUCGUUGGAAACGUUAACGGCGGCGAAGAAGCAGUAUCCUCGUACGUGGCAGAGCUUGAAGGGUUCUUGUCGGAAGUAAGAGAAGACUGCGGCGGCGACAACGGUGGCGACGAAGGAGAACUAGAAGAAGCUUCGUUCGAUGCGGAGAUUGAAGAGUGCUUGGCGGAAUUAGAAGAAGAAGAAGAAGGCUGCUCCGGUGGGGACGACGGCGACGAAGAAGAGCUGGCCGCCUCUACGACGUCGGAUUUCGAAGCCCUGAUUCAGCAGUACUUUUCAGCGGGCGCGGCGCCGGGAGUAGUAGCGUCGUCGGUGGUCUCAGUCCACGGUUGAAGAAUGUUAACGAAUUGAAGUAAUUAAUUAAGGAUGUAUAUGUGUCGCAAUUUUUAGUGGUUUAAUUAAACAAUUUUUAGUAGCUUUCUUCGGGAGAUUGAUGCUCAGCAUGGAUAAUUAUGUAUGUAAAUGUGACAUUGGCAGCCAUUCCUGCCACUUAUUAAUUAAUGAAGUAUUGGAGUUACU